GGGUUUUUCUUUUGAACGAAACCAUUAGCAAUUACCCAGUAGCAACAACACGUCCCCACAACUCUCUAACACCCAUAAUAACAAACCUAACCUAACUGUCUCAGUAACUGCUACCACCAUCUUUCCCCUCCUUUCAGUUUCAAAGUUGUUUAACCAGCAAAAACAACUUCAACAUCUUAUCUCUUCAUUCUUCUUUUAUAGAAAAUCAUAACCAAACCCUGUAGUGAGGAAAUGAACAAGAUGAAAUGGGAUAGAAAAAAGAACCCACAAUCAUCAACACCAUCAUCUACAACUACAACUAUUACAUCAUCACCUGCUUUUUCUACAAUCUCUCAAGUUUUCCCAGUUUCUUGGUUUUCUAAACUCAAGCAAUUGAGCAAUAAAUCCAAAACCCAAACUGGAAAGACAAAGGAAAAGUCUGAACUUUUCAAUUCGGCAAAACUUCAUCAAGGAGGUAUAGUCCAUGACAACGAGGCUUUCUGGAGACUUUCUUUCGGCGUGGAUGAAAGUUUUGAUGGCGAGACUUACAGAAGUGCUAUGUAUAAUUCUGAUAAUGAACCACCAUUGUUAAAUUGUGGAAGUUGUGGAAAUGCCAAAGAAGACAAUCAGAAGUUCACUAAUAUGGUAUCUGAUAUUAGAAAGAUGAGACAAUUUAGGAAGGAAAAUCAAGAACAAGGGAUUAUGUUAGAAACGCCAUCAUGGAACAAAGUUCGAAAAGGUCGAAAAGUUAUUGCCAGGAAAUCAAGAAGAACAGAUCAGAAAUGUUCGCAAGAACGGUAUUCUGAUUCUGGCCGAGAAUCGAAUAAACCGAAUCCAAAAAGAACUACAACUAGUACAGAACUGGAACAAGCAGAGAAGAAAACCAAGGAUUUAGAGCCAAUUAAAAUGAUAGAAGACACUGAGAAUGGGUACGGCAGUUGUGCGGCUUCAGGUUCAAGGAAAUCUCUCUACAUUUCAUCUUUGAACUCUGCACAUGGACGAGGAAGAAGAAUUGAGGAAGGAGCAGAGGAAUUUACAGACUUGAAUUCUAUAAGUUCUAAGAUCCAAGGGCUAAACGUAGAAAAAUUUGAAGGUUCGGAUAGAAAAGCAGCUAAAGAAUCAAAGAUUAAGGAUAUUAUGUCUAAAAGUGAGAAGCAGAGAAAAUCAACUCAUCAAAACAGAGAAGAACAAACGCAACGAACAAAACAGACUAGUAAAGCAAGAGCAUAUUCACCACGGACUGCUUCAAAGAUUGAAAUCUGUAAAAUUAGAGCUCUUGAGGACAUGAAGAAGGCAAAAUGGAAGAAGAUGAAGCGAAGGAUAAGACUAGAAAACAAACAAGAUCUAGAGAGUUUUGCAGUGGUGACGUGUUCAUACAAUCCUCAAAAGGAUUUCAGGGAUUCAAUGCUGGAGAUGAUUGUAGACAAUGAAAUCCGACAGCCAGCAGAACUUGAAGAACUCCUGGCUUGUUAUUUAUCGUUGAACUCUGAAGAAUACCAUGGUGUGAUCAUCAAUGUUUUCAAGCAGGUAUGGUUCGAUCUGAAUCUACCUCAAUUAAGUCCUGAAUUAGAAGUCACUAACCAUAUAUAUUCAGAUUAAUCAUAGUGAGUUGUGAGCUCCAGUGUAUAUAUUAAUAAUACAAGCAAGCUAACGAUGAGAUGCUUGCGUUAAUGUAAUUUGUUGGUAAGCAAGCAUGUUAUAGUACAUAAACUACUUUAACAUGAGCAAUGAAAUACCUUGUGGAAUUAGGUCA